CGUUCAUUUCCAUGUGGUUGAAAGAAAGGAGACCUUUGUCAUCCUGGCCACCAUUGCCAUUACAACAACACGUAUAGGUCUUUCAAAUACAUAAUAUUUUCACUCAUGGUGAAGACUCUAAGACUCCAAUGACGAAGAACAAGCACCUGAUGAAGUGAACUUGAUUGUGAAGAGUCAGCAAUAGCCACCUCGACUUGCUGGAGCCUAACUCGAUGACAAAUUCCAAGUCUACCUGUGUACCUACAAAUGAUUACUGCAGUUCAAUAUCAGGAAACCAAAUAUAGUGAUAUUUGGUAAUGUUAGUUGGUUAUGUUUCCACCGAUGGUGAUAUUCCUCAUCAUGAUGCGGGAAAUACCACAGCAAAUGAACGUUCCAGCCAUGAAAACAAUGAUAUUACUGAUGAAUCCGAAGAUAUUGAUAUUCCUAAUCAUGAUACGGAAAAUACCACAGUUGUUGAAGAAUCCAGCCAUGAAAGCAAUGAAAUUUGUGAGAAAUUUGACGAACAUUUUGUAAUGGAGGUACCCUCUCGAGAAUUAGUUCUUAAACUGACAAGAUGCGACAAUUUGACCAGGGGCAGGAAAGUGAUUAAAACAACAAAGUUUUUAAAGAAGAGAAACAAGAAAGGGAUUAAAAAGAUACUCGAAGAAAUGAGUAAACGUUUGAAGGAAAGUCAAAAGAAAUUGAAAGAAUCGAACAAAGAAAUAUUGAAGUUGAAGAGAAGGUUGAAAGAUAAACAGGAAUUAGGAGAAGAACGUGAACAAUUUGGUGAAAGUCGAAGCACGGAAUAUGUUAAGUCAUUUCAGGAAAAGAUAAAGAAAAUGGAAGAAGAAAAAGAUGGAUUUUUUGCACCGAAGGGCAUGUUUUCAAUCAAAGAAACAUGGAAGAACAAAUUAAAGGCUCUUUAUCCCAAGGAUGAAGAAGAAUGUAUUUUGAAAUUGGUUGAUAAGCUAUACACGAAAAGUUUUUUGGAAAUUCUAAAAAAAACGAAUAUGGCUUCAAAGGUUGGGUUAGACCUGAAGAUUGCAAUCGACCCAAAACAAUUAUCCAUGAUACGAAAUGUCAUUUCCGAGAUGUACCGCAUCCCGCUGUCAAAAAAAAGACGCUGCCUUCUAAUCUCGAAAAGAAAAUAGGGCAAAAAUUUAAUGUCAUUUUAGCUUCCAGCAAAGAAUGGCUGCAAACGUACAAGGAGUUAUUAACUGAAAUAGAAUCAUUGAUGGAGUAACAAAUAAUGAUUUGUGAAAUAAUAGCGGUUCAAUAAACGCCCUUUCUCGUUGAA